AUGUGGCACGGCGUGCCUGUGUUGGUACCACCUAGCACGGCGGGUGUGCCAUGCAAAGUAGGAUCGGUGGCGUUUGUGCAUGCCAAGCGAUAUGGUCUCUUUGUUCAUGGCACGCCGCAUGCUCAUCACAUUGCGCGACCCUCUGUGUCGUUCGGAUCCAUGUCAUGCGACACCCAAAGCCGUUCUCAGCCAUCGUCACCCGCCUGGUCCAAACCUCGCGCGUGGUCCCAGCCUGUAGGUACACCUGUACGGGGCGGCGGAAGUGGCAGCAGUAGUGUCCGCACUGGGCCCAGUGCCAUGCCGACAGACGAUCCAUCUGCGAGUCCUACGAAACCACGACGAUGGGGCUCGACACGCAAACGGCCUACGCUAGAGGAACUAUAUACCACAGCGCACGAAGUACAGGAGGCUCCUCUUACUAUACCUGUAGGCCUGAUCAAUCAAGGCAAUUCGUGUUUUGCAAGUGUCAUCCUCCAAAUGCUAGUGUACUGCCGUCCUUUAUACUGUUUCCUCACGCAGCUGCGUGAUAUCAUACCACAGGACCUGAGCAAUUCCACACCGCUAUUGGAGGCUGUGUUCCGGUUUUACACCGAAGUGCCACUGUCUUCGAAACUUGGCCCGUCUCUCUUACAAAGCAGUGUUGAUCCGAUCCUCCCUGACUAUAUCUACGAUGCGAUGCGUCUGCACAAACGCUUUGAUCUGUUUCAGCUGGGCCACCAAGAAGAUGCAGAAGAGUUCUUCAGCUUGGUCUUGAGUACACUGCAUGAGGAGACGCAGCUGGUCUACCGCCGCCUUGAUCAGCGGCAAGCGCAUUCACGUCGACGCACGACAACCCCUUCGGCUGCGGAUCCUUUCGCCGCGGAUCCUGCGCCUCUUGAUGUCGACUCGAGUGAUGAUGACGACAACGACGACGUCGAGGCGACUGAGGUCAUGCGACCUUCCAGUCCUGAUCAGGACGAAUGGCUCGAAGUCGGGCAGAAAGGCAAGACGAGUCUUACACGAACGAGCGGCACGGCCGAAGCGCCGUCGCCCAUUACUCGCAUGUUUGACGGGAAGUUGCGUAGUACGUUGACCACUCCCGGCUCGAAAACCAGUGUGAUGCUUGAGCCGUAUCGCUCACUACCGCUGGACAUUGAAGCUCCGCAUAUCCGCUCCAUUGCCGAUGCAUUACGGCACAUCACGGAGCCGGAAACCAUCUCCGGGGUAUGGUCAGCAGGCCGUCACGCCUUUGUCGAUGCUACCAAGCAAGUGUGCAUUGAAGCAUUACCGCCUGUGCUCGUCUUGCACCUCAAACGGUUUGUAUUUGACGGGCUGUAUGGCGUGCAAAAAAGCACCAAACCCAUUUCGUUCGGCCUCACAUUGGACGUAGCGCCCGAGGUGCUCAGCUCGGUGUGCCGUCGCGCCGCGACGUCGACUAGAUACGCCCUCUUUGGCGUCGUGUUUCAUCAUGGCCGCCUCGCUUCAGGUGGUCACUACACUGUGGCUGUCCAGCGACAAAACCACGACGGCUGGAUCCACUUUGACGAUACCCAGGCUUGGCCCAUAUCUUCUGACGACGUCCUCGCGACCGGCCGCGGUACGACAAACGAGCAGGGCGACGCUUACCUGCUCUUCUACCAGCGUCUUCCAUCCUCUUAG